AUGAGCCACGGAAGCCAUUUCGACCGCGUUUGUCACUGGACCAAUACCGGCGAACAUGUUUUUAGCCAGAGUUUCCACGAUGGCCGACCAGCUGGUUCCACGACUGUGAGCGAAACAAUGGACCAUUACAAAUCGAACGUGGAGGACGAGAGUGAGAGUUCCUCGGAACAGUCGGAUCGUAUAUCCCUAACUGGAUCGUCGACACGAUCCUCUGAAUGUUUACUCGCCGGCUGCGGAAACGAUGCCCUCGAACCUACUGUCGAACAAAUCUACUCGACCUUCGCCAAAGGCCAUUCAAGAUGGAGUGCUUGCGUUGUCAACGCGGAGCAAUUGCCGUAUGGCUGGCUUCCUCCCUGGAGCUUGAAUCCUUCCAUCAUGAUGCAAAACGUCCCACCGCUGCCCGCAGAUCUGCGUGGAAAACGAGAUAUUACGGGAAAUACCUUAUGGAACAUACCAAGCCCUGAGCUCCGUGCCUCUCGUAGCUCGGAGAGCAACAAUGAUGCGUAUUGGAACCCAGCGCUUGUCCACGGUGCCAGGAAAACCUUCUACCUUUUUGUCGAAAAGCCCACGAUAUGCGGAAUGGCCACCGGGAAUGAUUCUUUUCGCUCUUUCUGUAACGACGACCAGCCAACUCGUCCGAAUGGACUUGUUAUUCUUACGCUCUGCUGGUCAUAUAUCUUCUCGAUAAAACUCCUUGAAAUGCAGAGGAGGCGUAUGGAAUACUCCACGGCAGUUCUAUUGCCAGUCACUUGUGACUUCGAGACACAACAUCCCAAAACUAUCAUGCAUCUUGGCCAGUCCUCGAGCAAACUUGUCAGGUGGCUUUGUGCUGUGCUUGCUCCAAGUCCUGGAUGGUUCGCCAAAGGAAGCGUGCCUCCAUGGACUGCCUAUUUCAACCAGGAUAUUCCCUUAAUUAUCGGCACCGACAUCUCUUACAAUGAAAUUAGUCAAGAAACGCCUCCCUCUUCUUCUGAGGCCGUUGAGCUUCUUAUCGAACUAUGUUCGCUGUACAAUUUUAGUUCUCAGCCCUUGAUAGCUUUCUCGAUAGCCUUGCUAAUACCUUUCUACAAUGUCCAAGGCCUACAACCCCUACUUCCUAUGCCUCGAUUCCCUGCCUUCGCCAAAUCGUCCCACAAUCCUCCACUCUACCUUCGAGAUUAUGUAUACGAUCUUCGAUAUUAUAUGACAAUUAGUGUGUGCCCGUAUUAUAUUGGGUCGAUGCUGUGGAGUGUCUUCUGGGAACCCGGUAUCGACUGCAAUGCUGUCAGUGCUUGGGUUGGCUCGAUACACCAGGUUCUCGAGCCCGCUCUACAAGCCGUCGACACGAAACUCCUAGCCAAUGUAUUUGCGCUCUAUCGUCCGGAACUUGCACCACUGUGGCUUGGUCUGUUUGCGAGUGGUUGUAUCGAGAUAUGUGGUAUGAUUCGGUCUUACCUGACGAACCUUACAGAACAUCCCUACUCCCCAUCUCUUGCGCACCCUGAUCCUAAUGUGGCUGCGUGGACCGGGUCGAAGCAGUCAUUCUUAGACGAGGAAUGCUCAGUGUUAUACGAAUCCCAGUCUUCAUUGGUCUCGAGAGCCGAUCUAUUGCGACAUCGCUUUAAUUUCCGACCUAGAGACUCCGCCGGCCUUUACUUCGGAUGGCAACCAUUCGGGGCGGUUGCGAAGGCUCAGGUCGAACCCGAGCUUUGGCCUCGACUAGAGUCUAGAUCUUCUUCUCGAAGCUAUGUAUAUUGGGUUUGGUGGGUUAACGGCGAAAAGGUGGUAGAACGAGGCCUCUUUCAUGACAGGCCACAACUUGCCACACAAAAGAGAUAUUUAGUCAUGCCCUGGCUAGGAAGCAAACAUGAAAGCGACUAUGUUCAAGCCUCUUUAAACCAGCUAGAGACAGAUCCUACCGGGGUUGUGGUUCCAAGUCUUCGAUUAACACCUUCAAAAGAGGCCACCUUCCGUAUCUUGGACUGGGGCUCAAAGCUAGCGUCCGGAGACCGAACAGUUGAGGCAAUGGCAAUUCCGGGUGUUAGGAAGCACGUAUGGCUGGCCGACGCAAGGGAGAUCUCUUAA